UGUAAUUAUGACGAACAUAAAAAGAUUGAUUGUAGAUUGCAUAUAAUACGUUGAAAUACUUCAUGUACUUAAUACUUCAUCGAUAGGCACAAUAAUUUUAUAUUAAAAGUUACAUCUUUCGAAACAUUCACAAUUAACCGCGAAUUUCGAGUCAUUCGUUCUUUCAAGGACACACUUUCUUUUCAUAUUUUAUUCUUAAAUAAUGAUCAAGAGUGAAAUGAAAAGUUUUCUACUAAUGUAUAAAUAAAAUGCAAGAUAUUGUAGUUCAUCUCUAAACUAGCAUAUCAGUUAUUGAUAGUGAUUUUUAAACAGUAAAAAGUAUGUAAAGCAGCGAACAUUAUGACUUAUUUAACAACUGAUUCGACGACUGGCGAAAUAACGGGUCAUGCAUGUAUCGUCUGAACGUCCUUCAAACGUUUCUAUCGAUUCUAAGAGGGUACGCGAUCGUAUAUUACUGUGGACUUCUUUAAAUCAUGUCAGUCCGUCAGUAACCGUGAACGACGGGGUAUUGUGUAAUGUAAACUGUGUAGUACUAUUAAUACUUAAUUGUUUGAAGCAUUAUAUUAGUGAGAGAAAAAAAUAUAUAUAAAUAAGUAUAUAUAGACAUAGAUAGAUAUAUAUAUAUAUAUAAAUAUAUAUAUAUAUAAAACGGAGAUAGAGAGAUAGAGAGAGAUAGAGAGAUAGAGAUAGUCACAAGAGAUAGAGAGAGAGAAAGACUAUUCAGAUACAAAAGAAAAUAAAUUUCUCUUAAUAAUGUCAGAUGAGGACUGCAAAACAUGGUGUCACUCGCGGCAAAAUGCUGUUGUUCAGCCUCUUUUGACAGAUUUAUAUCAGAUUACAAUGGCAUAUGCUUAUUGGAAAAGCGGUAAAACCAAUGAUUAUGCAGUAUUUGAUUUAUUUUUUCGAAAGAACCCCUUUCAAGGAGAAUUCACAAUUUUUGCUGGUCUCGAAGAAUGCAUUAAAUUUCUGGAGAGGUUUCAGUAUUCAAACAGUGAUAUCAAGUAUUUGAAAUCAACAAUGCCUGCUACGGUAGACCCGGAAUUCUUUAAUUAUUUAAAAAAUGUCAAUGUAAAUGAUGUUACUAUUUAUGCAAUGCAAGAAGGCUCUGUUACAUUUCCAAGAAUUCCAUUGUUACGAGUUGAAGGACCAUUAAUAAUAGUACAACUGUUGGAGACAACUUUAUUAACAUUGGUGAACUAUGCAAGUUUGAUGGCAACUAAUGCAGCCAGAUAUCGGAUGGUUGCUGGGAAAAAUAUUACAUUGUUAGAGUUUGGCCUUCGUAGAGCUCAAGGUCCAGAUGGAGGAUUAAGUGCAUCUAAAUAUAGCUACGUUGGUGGAUUUGAUGGUACAAGUAAUGUAUUAGCUGGAAAGUUAUUUAAUAUUCCAGUGAGUGGAACUCAUGCACAUGCAUACAUUACAUCUUUUACAAGUAUCGAUGAUUUACAAGCCAAAACUCUUGCUCAUAAACAAACAGGAAAAGUUUAUGAUCUUUUAGAGUUGGCAUCGAAAUAUCGAGAUGCUAUUGCCGGUGAUUUAGGAAGUAUAGUGUCUGAAGCUUCUAGUGGAGAAUUAGCUGCCUUAAUCAGCUAUGCUAUAGCUUUUCCAGAGAGAUUUACAGCUCUUGUAGACACAUAUGAUGUUAAAAGCAUUGAAGCAUCAGCCAAGCAAAAGACAUUUAUAACCAGCCUAAAUGUAAAGAAUAAGCUUCUAACUAAAGGAUCCAAUGCAUAUGCUCAAAAUGGUGUGAGAAACAAUACGCUUAUAUCAGAACCUACUUCGCAUCACAAGAAUGGCUUUUUAAGACGAGGCGAAUUGGGUGAGCUCUAUGUGAGGAGUGGCAUUUUAAAUUUCUGUGCUGUUGCACUUGCCUUAAAUGAUUUGGAUUACAAAGCUAUUGGAAUAAGACUUGAUAGCGGUGAUUUGGCAUAUCUUAGUAAUGCUGCUAGAGAUAUCUUUGAAAAACUUGCUGUUAAAUAUAAUAUACCAUGGUUCGCACGAUUGACAAUCGUUGCAUCGAAUGAUAUUAAUGAAGAAACAAUUAUAAGUUUGAAUGAGCAGGUAAAACAUAGUCACAAAAUUGACUGUUUUGGAAUUGGUACGCAUCUUGUAACGUGUCAAAGACAACCAGCAUUAGGUUGCGUAUACAAGAUGGUUGAAAUCAAUGGUCAACCAAGAAUCAAGCUCAGUCAAGAAGUUGGUAAAAUGAAUAUUCCUGGUAAAAAGAAUGCAUACAGAUUAUAUGGUGCAGACGGAUAUGCAUUAAUUGACAUAUUACAAAGAUCAACAGAGGAAGUACCGCAAAUAAAACAGAAAGUUCUCUGUAGACAUCCAUUUCAAGAAUCAAAAAGAGCAUAUGUUAUACCAACACGUGUAGAACCAUUGCACAAAAUAUAUUGGAAAAAUGGUAAACUCUGCGAACCCUUACCGACGUUAACACAAAUUAGAGAUAGAGUACAGGAAUCUCUUAAAACAUUAAGAAAUGAUCAUAAAAGAAAUUUGAACCCUACACCAUAUAAGGUGGCUGUUAGCGAUGAUUUGUAUAAUUUUAUACACGAUUUGUGGUUGCAAAAUGCGCCUAUUGGAGAACUGUCGUGAAGCUGUAGAUGUUUACUGAGUCUUAAAUUGUUGAAAAAUGAACAAUGUUGUCUAUGAUUCAAAAGUAUGUAAAAAUCAUGCAAAUUUGUGUGUGCGAUACACUCAAAGAAAAAUUUUAAAAAUAUUAGAGAUAUAUUUUGUACGAUUAAAAUCACUGAUAGCUCUAUGAAAUAUCAUGCUACUUUGAUACAUGUACAAAUUCUUCAUAUAUAUAUCUAAUAUUCUAUUUAUAUUAUUUUACAUACACGCUUCAGUAAAAUGCCUUGUUACAAAUAUUGCAACAAUUUGUUACUUCGAGAAUUUAUGGACUCAUAGAAAUACACGUAAUGUUAAUCUGUUUUAUUUUUUGAAGGGCAAGAUAUAUAUAUAUAUAUAUACACAUAUAGAUACAUAUAUAUAUAUAUAUAUAUAUAUAUAUAUAUAUAUAUAUAUGUAUGUUUUAUUUGUAAUAAAUGAUUACUUAUUAGUAGCGCGCAUAAAUAUAUUUAUAUUAAUGUAUAGUGAAAAACCUAAUCAUGUGAUAUAAAUGUAAAUAUGGAUUAGAAAAUAUUAAGCUUUUGGUAGCUAAAUCAGAUUAAA